AUGGACUCGAGCCAUACAAGCGACGCAUAUAUCAGUAUCAGCAACGAUGUUAUCAACAAGUCUCGAAACGACCUCGUAUUCAGUGGACAACUCGAUGAGUCUGUUCUCAGCGAGCUUCACGCGACUUGGACAAGGAAGAUGGUACAAGCAGGAGUCAUAAGAGGACCGAUAGAAACAUUAUCUUCUCCUCCUUCGUUUCCUACCACACCUUUGAUUCAGAAUCAGAGUCCUUUGCAUGGAUAUGCUCAGAGAGGGAUUGACAAUGAUGCUCAGUAUCCAUCUACGGAGCUUGGGAUGUCUAUAAAGAACGAGAGUGAAGGGUUUUACAUUCCUCAGCAGGAUGGUGCUAGUGAUGAUAUAAAGUCGAGCGCUUUUGCUCCUCAUGAUGAUGAUGAUGAAAGUUUGAACGAGGAUGAUGAUUAUGAGGAAGAUGCUAUCAAUGAUGAUGAGGAUAUUCCGCAUUUAAUCAUGUGUCAGUUUGAUUAUGUGAAGAAGCGAAAGAACAAGUGGGAGUGCAAACUCAAAGCUGGGGUUAUGCAAAUCAACGAAAAGAACAUUCUUUUCUCUGAGACCAAAGGAGACUUUACUUUCUAA